CACGCGCUGUCAACAAUUGAUCCGACCACAAUGGCUGCCCUACGAACAACCCUCCAAUGGCUCCGUCCGAGGUCGGCACCCAUAUCUCAAUUAUUUGCAAACCGUGCAUACCAAAUCCCAACACCAAGCACCCUCCGCGCAUUUACAACAACCCCCCAAACCCUCAACCCCAAUACCGAAAACGACAUCCCCAAUAUUAACAUAACAAACUACUACACCCUCUUCCCCUCAACCCUCCCCUCGGGUCCGCCCCCAAACCCAGAAACAAAAUUCGACAUCCCCCUCCGCACCCUGCGCGCCGAAUUCCUUUCCCUCCAAAACCGCACCCACCCAGAUAAAUACCCUCCCGGCGCACCGAAACAGAAAGCCGAAGCGCUCUCCGCUUUGUUAAACGAAGCCUACCGGACGCUCUCCGAUCCGCUUGCGCGCGCGCAGUAUUUGCUUAAAAUCCAACACAACAUUGACGUGACUGCCGAGGACUCCGCUGCAACUGACAAGCAAGCGCUUGACCCAGAGACGUUGAUGGCUGUCAUGGAGGUUCAGGAAAGGAUUGAGGAGCUUGCCGAGGAAGAGGGGUCGGGAGAGGAGGCGGAGAAGGUGAUUGAGGAGAUGAAGGGGGAGAAUCGGGAGAGGGUUGAGGAGGGGGUCAAGGUGCUUGGGGAGAUGGUCGAGAGGGGGGAUGUGGAAGGGAUGAGGAGGGAGUGUGUGCGGUUGAGGUUCUGGUAUAGUGUUGGGGAGGGGUUGAAGGAGUGGACGCCGGGAGUUAGGGAGAUUCGGUUGGUUCAUUGAUUUUGCUGUGAGGGUUGUAUAGGAUGAUGGUUGUAUAUGGAU